AUGUCCACCUCUCAACCUUCAUCUGCUCUGGCAAAGAUAAAACUAUACACGAAUCACGGCUGUGGUUGGUGUCAUCGUGUCCACAUCACGCUGAAAGAACUAGGUCUCGAAUACGAAGAAGUCAAGGUGGAUCUUGAUCAGGCUAGACCGGCAUGGUUCCUUGCCCUCAAUCCGCGUGGCCUCGUCCCCGUCUUCCAAUACACCCCCGGUCCACACGCCUCAACACUCACACUGACUGAAUCCGGUCUCAUCGUCUCGUUCCUCACGGAGCUGUACCCAUCCCAUCUUAUCCCGCCUCCACCAGUCCCUGCCGCUCUUACUCCGACUCCAACAGGAGAUGCCGUGGCCUCAACACAUCUCCGCUAUCGCAUGUCCUUCAUCAUCGACGCCUUCUUCACCAAGGUCAACCCAUUUAUGUUCAAGCUCGUCGGCGCCGACGCAGGUGAAGCGCAAGAUAAGAUGGUAGAUGAUAUGAUUGGUCUGCUUGAAAAGGAGAUUGAGCCUUUGCUGCCUGAACCCGGAGCCGAAAAGGGGCCGUACUUUGAUGGAAGUGAGAAAUUGACGCUCGUCGAGGCAAGUACUCAAAGUCCAUCUUCCACCAUUCACCUUCUUGGUCUCUCCCCACUACGUAUAUUCCGCUUUCACGACUUCGCCAACGGCGUGAUAUUCCCCACAUCACUCGCAGAUCGCAUGCUAGGCCCAACUCUCCCGCGCUUCUCGCACUGGGUAAAGCUGUGUAUGACCCAUCCUAGCGUCACGUAUGUCUGGGAUAAGGAAUACUUUUUGCCCAGGAUCGAGGAAAGGCUUGGUGCUGCGAAGAAGAAGUACGCGAACAUGAAUUAA